GUCACUCAACAGUUAACAUCUAUCUCACUUCUCAAUAUUUACUUCGAAAGAGAAGAUGAGCAAAGGCUCAGCAAGCGGCACGAGCAAAGGUGGAAAAGGGAAGGGUAAGGCCACCAAGUACGUCUCACGCUCGUCAAAGGCCGGUCUUCAUUUCCCCGUGGGAAGAAUCGCCAGGUUCCUCAAGGCAGGUAGAUACGCCGACCGUGUUGGUUCUGGAGCUUCUGUCUAUCUCGCAGCCGUUCUAGAGUACCUCGCCGCCGAGGUGUUGGAGGUAGCUGGAAACGCAGCGAGGCAUAACAAGAAGACACGUAUUACACCGAGACACAUUCAGCUUGCGGUGAGGAACGAUGAGGAGCUAGAUAAUCUUCUGGGAUCUGUGACGAUUGCUAAUGGUGGAGUUUUGCCACACAUUAAUCCGAAACUUUUGCCUGCCAAGGUUGGAAAGCACAAAGGAGAUGUUGGUUCUGUUUCUCAAGAGUUCUGAGUUCAUUUUCAUUUUCUCCCGUUGUAAUAAUUUUAUCAGAUUUGUUUGAUUGCACCUGAUGUUUUUAACGUCGGAGUGGUAUUAAAAUUAUGGAACAUGGUUUUAAUUUAAUAUCUGUUUCGAUUUUGAGAGAAGAUAUAU